AUGGUGCAAAUAUCCAAGCCUCUAGUAAUUGCUGGUAUCUCUACUACUGUAGCAGCAGUUGCUCUCUUGAUUGUAGCGCUUACUCGGAAUCGUAACAUGACUGAAUCAAAGAAUAAAAAUAAGAAGGAUGAUAGUGUCCGAGAGAUACCGAAUUUGCACAAGGAGCAAUUACUUAGUAUUCUCGAGACCAUAUGCACGCAGAUGGGUCAAGUUGUGAUGCAAUUGGCCAAAUUGGAAGCCAAAAUCCGCCAGGAAUCUUCGCAAAGUGGGCGUUCAUUGCCCGAGGAUCAACUGGCGUCGUACCUUAUGGGCCAAUUUGAGGAAGCUAUGAAGGCCAUUGAAUCACAGGUCUAUGCCAAGUUUCAGACCACGGAAGAAGAGGUUAAGGUAGCUACUGAGUACUUUGAGGAAGAGGAUGACAAGGAUGUUGCCAAUGCCGUAGCCAAGUUGCAGGAGCUCUAUCGCGUCAUGACGGGUGGCAGCUUCAGUGAUGUUGAGGUGCCUGAUGAGCUCACGCUUACGAAGUUCAUUGAGAUCAUGCAGGAGACCAUGGAAUCGCUCAACGUAGCCAUGGAGGAGGUCUGCUUUGAGGUUAAAGAGCUGAACCCGAACAACAAGGAGGAGGCCAUCAAUCAGAGAUAUGUCAAGCGCGCAGACAAUCUAUCGGCAGAAAUCCAUGCCAAGCAUGGACUUACGCGCGAGGUGCUCCAGGCUGCUAUGAUGAAGUACCAGCAGGAGUCGGCUUUCCUGAUGGCCAUGACGGAGCUCCAGCAGCAACAGGCGGAGCGCUUUGCAGCGGCUGCGGCUAUCUUCAACGGAGAGGUAAACAUGGGCCUGACCGAAUAA